GUGCCUCCCCCAGGAAUGCCGGGCGUAGGCUGAGACCUCCACGGACUCCCGGGCCACCUCCUCGUGGGGAGCAGCAGCAGAGCAGAGCCCUGAGGGGCCGCGGCUCCCUCCCGCCCGCCCUCCCGGGCAGCGCUACCGGAGCGGGCGGCGGUUUGGCCUCGCCGGCCGCCGUAGCGGGGCUGGCGGGGGCCGGGGCUGGGGCUGCCCGCGGGACUUCCGUGCUGCUGGCGCCCGGCCGCGGCGCUCGGGGCCCGCCAUGGCGCAGCACGGCCCCAGCGUCACGCUGUCCCUCACGCUGCCCAUCACCUGCCACAUCUGCCUGGGCAAGGUCCGUCACCCAGUUAUCUGUGUGAACAACCAUGUUUUCUGUUCCAUUUGUAUUGAAGUGUGGCUGAAGAACAAUAAUCAGUGCCCAGCUUGCAGGACUCCUAUCACACCUGAAAAUCCCUGCAAGGAAAUUAUAGGAGGAACAAGUGAAAAUGAUCCUACAUUUAGUCCAACAGUUAGAAAACAUCUACGCAAAACAAGGCUUGAAUUGCUCCACAAAGAAUAUGAGGAUGAAAUAGAAUCCCUGCAAAAAGAAGUAGACGAUCUGAGAGGCAAAAACCUCAGUUUACAGAUACAGCUGAAAUCUCUUCUGGAUCCUGCAGCAUCAGCUUUGUCUUGCCAAAAUGAGAAACCUAGCCAGUCAGCAAAUGAAGCAAGUACCAGUGGCCCAGACACCUCAGAGGAAUGGAGCAAAAAGCUGAAAACUGCCAAUGAUAUGUGCGAAAAACUGAUGGAUAAUGUGGAAAAGCUAAGGGAGGCAAAUAAGAAACUGAGCAUGGAAAACAAUAGCCUUUUAAGAGAGAAUUUGCGACUAAAAGCUGAAGUUGAUAGUAGAUCACCCCAAAAGUUUGCUAGGUUUACAGUAGCUGCACUUCAUUCCAAAGUGGAACAAAGUGAACGUGAAAUGAACCGUCUGAAAAAGGCACUGGAAAGAAGUGAUAAAUACAUAGAAGAAAUAGAGAGUCAGCUUUUACAGCUGAAAAAGGCAGGCAAAGGGAGCCAGACAGUGAGUGCUGUUAGUGAGAGAGUGCUUUCCACAGAUGGGGAAGGAGGUGAGAGCAGUGAAGAUACAUGUUUGAAAACCCAAACUGAGGAGAAAAAGGCUUUGAAUACCAGUCAAAGUCCUGACAGUCCUGAGCAGCUGACAAGUCAUGGAACUUGUUUAAGCUCUUCUAGUCAAGAUGGCUUGAAUAGCUCAAAUACCCAGUGUGCCCCAAAGAAAGAACUAUUUCCAGGAUGUCACAGGGUUCUCCUGGAUGAAAAUAGUACAAAUAUGGAUGCCUGCUUAGAAGACCAGUGGAAUAAAAUUGAGGAAUGUACCCCAUACAAAGAUGAAGAACUUUAUGAUCUUCCACCACCAUGCACGCCUUUUCUGUCGCUCAGUCGCCUUCAACUGAACACUCCUGAUGGAAAAGAAAAUGCAAGAAAACCAUCAACAUUCCUGAGGAAACUGAAAUUUGAAGAGUUUCAUGACACUUCAAAUGAUUGCAGCAAACAUUCUUCCGAGCACAGCACAAGCAGCUGCAAUACUGAAAAGAAGCUAAACUGUUUUACUGCAGGAAAAUCAGGGGUUUGGGGCACCUGCCCAACAAAUUUUGCUGAGAACUUAGAUUUUGAUAGAUCACAGCAGAAUUCAGUGGCUGGUCAGUCAGAUGAGACAACUGCAAAGGCUAUUGAUAAAACAAGUUCUUGCUUACCUAAGAGGCUGCACACACUCUACUCUUCCGAGAUGAACCGCACAAGAACCUCCAGCGAGGCCUCUAUGGAUGCUGCCUACCUCGAUAAAAUUUCUGAGUUGGACUCAAUGAUGUCCGAGUCAGACAACAGCAAGAGCCCAUGCUAUAAUUUCAAGUCCUCUGAUCUGGACAGUUCUUCAAAGUCAACAGAGUGUGCUAAACUUCUGAAUGGAACAGAGAAGAGUCUGGAAGAGAUGAAUGAGGAGCAGAGUAUGAAGUGUCCAGAGACAAGUGAUCUGGUAGCUGACAGAACUGGCUGGAAACCUGCUAUGUUUUCCAACCUCUCCCCAUCUGAUGUAGACAUGAAUGACCACUUUCCACUGUUUACAGGCCAAAAUGUAGUGGCUAAUGAUGACAAACCUCCAAACUCUUUAUUUCAAAGGGACUUUUCCCCAGAUGUACUGUUCAGUAACUCACAAAGGUUGUUUGAGGAACAGAAGUUUGGUUCAUGUUUUUUAAAGAUGCCAUCUGAUCUGCAAAGUCAGAUUAAUCCUCCAUGGGUGUCUUCCUUUACAGCUGAAAGGAAAAAUAAAAAUGUCAGUCAGUCAACCAAGAGGAAAAUUCAAAACAGCCUUUCCAGUGCUAGUCCGUCAAAAACCACCAAAAACUGAUUGUGCUUGGAAAUCAAACUAGACUCAAAGUUGUAAACCUGCAAAUGUUUAAUAUUUACAGGUGAACUUAAUUUUUAAUGACUUCCAUGCAAUCUGAUCCUGUUGUUUUUGACUAUGUGAAAACUGAACAUUCGCCUGCCCAUUGCAAGCUCUUUCCCAAGGAAGAACCAUUCUAGAUUCUUUUCUUUGACUGGGCAUUUUAUUUACCUGAAGGCUUGGGAGAUUUUGAUCUCUUUAAGUUUUCAGAUUACAUGCUCUUCCAAUUGUGAGCACAGCUAAUGGCUCCUUGACAGUUCUAAGUGGUCUUGUCAAAUUAGUCAUUUAUGUAAGAAUUAGUUUUAAAGAUUACAUUUCCCAUUCCUAAAGAUUACAUUUUGUGCAUGUAAGGCAGCUACUGGCCGUAUAUCCUAUGGAUUCAUGUAAUUGCUAUAAAUUAAUGUCAGUUUUGCCAUAAAACUUGCCUCCCAGAGGAAAUGUUCCUGCUUAGACUGUUUCAUAGACUGUUUGACUGUACUGUACUGAAACUUUUGUUUCAAGUGGGUGUAAGGUAGCAGCCCCUUUCUUUUCAGGGUCACAGCACUUCAGUUAGAAAACCACUUUUAACACUGCAAUUAUGGCUUGUCUCUUUUUGAAGUUAAGCACAAUUUUUAAUUUAGUUCCCAAAAAUCAUUGUUAUUCUAAAUGUGUUUAGUAUGCCUGUAUAGACCAUAAAAAUGGGUUUGUAUGCUAAUGAUUUGUUUACCUAAUGUGCACUGAACAUCUUACAUUAAUACUGUACCAUUUUACAUUAAUACUGCAUGCUUUUCUAUGUGAAUUGAAUAAAACAUGUUAUAACACAGUAA